GGUUUAAUUGAUAUAAUAAGAGAACAAAGACAGUUAGGUGCCAAACGACCCGACAGUGCUCCACGGAAUGUUAGCUCUCAGUUCAGAAACACCUUAAGAUUAUCUCUAUGGCUGAAGUUUUGCAUGCUUUUGUGAUUUUAAUCUUUCUUCCAGGAGGUACAUCUAAGAUCACCAACAAGGAAUCCUGUGGAAGCAUGUUUGAAGUUCAAGUUGGUGAGUUAGAGACUUACGAACUGGUGUUCAUCGUCGUUUCUCCAUCUCAUUAUCCUGACGAUCCAUAUGCGCUAUAAAACGACGCCAUCGGGCUCGAUACCAUUCAUGAUACCGAAUCCCCGGCCUUCCUAGCCUUUCUGAUAUGGACAUUGAUUUCAACUCCAACAACACCAUAGCUGUUUGCAAGAGCUUGUUGCCAUCCACACAUUUCAGUUAGUCAAACUGCCUCUGCAGUUUACCUCAGUAUCUUUUUCUCACGGUUGUUUUUUGUUCAUUGUUUCAGGCCACGCUUUAGUUGGUCAUGUUUUGGAAACUUUUGUGGUUGUUGAUGAGUUUGAAUGUCAGCAAAAAUGUAUGGCAAACAAAAGUUGCAAGUCAUUUAAUGUCCUUCCUGAUGCCGAUUUUACGAAGCGCAUUUGCCAACUAAACAACAAAACAAGGCAGACGAAACCAGGAGAUUUUAUGAAGACAAAAGCUUCGAGUUAUUAUGGUUCUAUAAAGGUCAGUGUUAGCAAAAAAACGUAAACUUCGAACCUCGAACGAGUAAUUCGUUCAAUUUUAGAUCGACUUAGGAGGUUUCAAACAAACUAACCUUGUCUAAUUCUCCUGACCCAUCAUUUUAGCAACAUUAAAAUUAUAUAUUAAAAUUAUAUAUUACUCCUGACCCAUCAAAUUUUCAGCCGUUUUGGUCAUCGACAUUUAAAACUGUAGUCUUGAAUACUUUUUUAAAAUUAUAUGUUAAUAAAAGCAGAUAAACAUUGCCUUUAACAUGAACUAGGGAAAUUUAAGGCAGGUCUGAAACAGGGUAUUGAUUUAAUUUAAAUAGGGUAUCAAAUUUUUGGUUUUCAUAAAUAGGGUAGGGAAAACAUUUUGGUCAUUAACAUUAACUUAUACUGCUAUAUGUAAGACGUGCUACUGUGAAAAAAAAAACAAACAGCAAAAAUUGGUGUAAACAAGUGAGAUAACAUAUAUGCAAAUGAGAAUCACACGCAUCAUAAAUGUAAGAAAACGGAGAAAAUGAAAGCCGGCGAUUUUCAUGCAAAGUUUAGUGUGGAUUGUUUAAAGAUUCGAAUGUCAGUAAUAUAUUAAUCAUGAUUUUCUUGACUACAUUCUCAUUGAAGAUUUCCUGCUUUGAUAUCUCUCAUAACAAGAAGACUCAAACUUCCACUGGUUACUGUUAUCCAGCUCGCCAAGGAAAAUCUUGCCUCCCAAAAGCAGGUGAAUGACUUCCAUUUUUUAUGGUUGAGUGAUUAAUUUAUCUACAAAAGAUAGACAAAAAAAUAGGAGACAGAAAUGCUUUCUUCUAACAUUUUUAGCACUCGCAAACUGUUAAGGAGGGGUGGCACUCUUGAAGUCUCCUUCAAGAGAACGAGAAAAUGACCGCUAUUGGAAAAAAAACCACACCAUCAGAAUUCCAGAGGAAAGUUGCAAAUUAAAUGUCAAGAAAAAAAAGUUUACCUAAAAAACGAUUUUUCCUCCUCGGCUCCCAUAUAAAGAAAGGAAGAUCCUCUCUCGUACAUUUGCACCAUUUGACUGUUUGAUACAGAAAAACCCCGUUAAUAUGGACACUGAAGGAACGAAAGUGUCCGUAUCAACGGCGUGUUCUUAUUAAGCGGGUCAUGCAAUUAAAGUCAAAUAGACACCUUUUAAUGGCGUAAAAUACUGAAGAAAUUAAUGAGGACAUUAUACGCAGCGUCAAAUUGUACAUCUCUAACCUUCACAAAGCUAUCAUUUGCCAAACUAAACCCAUGGAACACUAAAAAUCGCUUUCUGCAUAUCUCGAUUGAUGCCAAAAUAGUCUGAAAUUGGCGUCUACGAUUCAUCCUUCCCGCGGUAAACUGUAAAGUUCAGAACUGAUCGACAUGCAUUUAACUGAAGGCUUUUUGUCUACAUGGAUACAUUUUUUACACUGGUACUGAGCAAACAGAUGAUACGUGUCCGCCGCAUUAGUGAGGUUGACUUUCUAUGAGAUUCUGUAUGCAAGAAACAAGUGCCCGUAGUCCGUGUCCGGUGUCUGUAUCAAGCGGGUUAAAUUUAGAGAAAAUGUAAGCCUUACAUUUUCUCUGAAUUUAACCCGCAAGCCGCUUGCUCCAGGGACAAAGACAAUUGUCUGCAGUACGUAGGUGGGUGUAUGUCAAAGCGGGGUUCGACCCGGCAUUUUUGUUAAUCAAAGAAGCUUUGACAUACCUGACGUGAAGAAACAAUAAAACUCGAUGGCAAGAUAUCCCGGAAGAGACGUUAACGAUCAAUUGAUUAUUAAUUACUUUUCUUGAUUAUUCACUUUUUUUCAAUUCACGGGUAUGUCUCCAUAACCAAGAACGCUCAGAAAAAAUUAUUUUAAAGUAAUAAUCCUUUUCUGUGAAAGAUAUUUGAAUUAAAACUCAACCAUUUCUUUCAGAAAAAAGCUGCAAGGAAAUCAAGAACUUUGGCAAAUCACAAGGCGAUGGUAUGGACUGGUUAGACCCGGAUGGAGGAAACCAUUCCAAUGCAUUCCUUGCUUACUGUGACAUGACGUCAUACAAAGGAGGAUGGACUAUGUGUUACAGCACCGACGAAUACGCCAAACCCAAAUCCGAAGUCGCUUACAGCACUCAGUUUCCUUAUGGUAAAGACGGGUACAGGACGAACUGCAACAACAUCCCGGUAAGCUGACUAUAAAAAUCUGCUUCGGCAGUAAAUUUGUUUGAAAGUGAACUCUACAGACAUAAUAAUUAAGUCGCAGGGGUCAUUUUGACUAGGAAUAGGACGCUUAAGCAAUCGUACGUUGAGGCCACUGCGAACAAGAGAGACGCUACUGUGUGGCUGGUAAAUUUCUUUACCUUUCUCUGAGCUGAUUUUGCUGAAUGAUUCAUGAGUCUGAAAACGUCUACACUCUCUCCACGACCGUUUUUUUCUUUCUAUACUUGAAUACGACAUCCGUCACUUCAACACGUUGACAAUCUGGGCAACUCGCUAUCCUGCUUUGGAAGUCACGGCUAAGUUGGAGGAUAAAGUGCGUAACAACAUCCUUAGUUGUACUAACACAUUUUAUUUUCUUCCUUCUUUUUAAAGUUUUCUGAAAUAAUAUUCAUCGAUCAUCAAACGGGUAACAAAGCUUACUUCAAACGACGUUCACCUUUCUCUCUAACAGCGGCAUCUAACUAUAACAAACCCGCAAGUACCUAUGGAUUAUGGGACGGAGAUGGAGUAAACAAGAACUACUCCUAUCAACUGCUGAUUUGUGAUCUUUAUUUCUACUCUGGGUUUUUUGUUUCUGGUUACACGAACUGUUUCAAGCGAUGUGACCACUGGUGCGGUGACAUAAUAACACCAUACUUCCGAACAGCAUCUACCAGUACAUAUUACAAAGGAGUGGCCUUCAAUAUCAAUGGUCAUUACGUGGUGAAAAAUAGGCUGAUCAGUGUUGGCCUCCGCUAG